AUGUCUGAAACAAUCACGCCGCAAAAGGACGAUGCUGAGCAUUACGAGAAUCCCAAAAACCUCGUUCCGGAUAGCUUACCCCUACCGGACGAGAUUGCCGACCUGAGCGCAGCUGAGCAGGCACAGCUAAACAGGCAGGUAACGCGGGUACUGGACCUCACGCUCCUGCCCGUUGUUUUUAUUCUCUUUCUGCUAAAUAUUUUGGAUCGAAACAAUAUCGCUAGCGCCAAAAUUGUUGGUCUGACAGACACCUUAAAUCUAACAAAUGAUCAAUACAAUACAUGCCUGCUCAUGUUCUAUGUUGGCUAUUGUCUAACACAAGUUCCAUCGAAUUUGAUCAUCGGGAAGAUUCGACCGUCAUAUUAUAUCUGCAUUACCACAUCUUUGUGGGGUGUCGUUUCGAUGAGCCAAGGUUUCACUAAGAACUUCGCCCAACUGGCUUCUGUCAGAUUUAUCCUGGGGCUUGUCGAAGCGCCAUUUCUGCCGGCGGUUUUCUUCCUCCUGAGCUGCUGGUAUACCCGGGCCGAACUACCACCGCGGAUCGCCAUCCUCUACGGCGGGAACAUGCUAGCCACGGCGUUCUCCGGUCUAAUCGCAGCAGGAAUUACUUCUCAGAUGCAAGAUGUUGCUGGAAGGCCUUCAUGGGAAUGGCUCUUCAUCAUCGAGGGCUCUAUGACCGUGGGCAUAGCACUCCUUCUGCUUCCGCUUCUCACAGACUAUCCCCUUCAAAGCAAACACCUUUUUCUCUCGCAUAAAAUGCAGCUUUACGCUGAGUGGAGAAUUAGGAAAGAAAAUGCCGGCAUCGUUGAUGAGGAUCCCGAGUCGAUUUUGUGGGGACUGAAGCAAGCACUGAAAGACCGCAAACUGUACAUGUUUGUCAUCUUGCAGAUGUCACUCAUUACCGCCCAGUCGUUCAAUAAUUUCUUCCCUUCCAUUGUCGGCACACUCGGCUACGACAGCACCAAGACACUGUUGCUCACGUCUCCGCCAUACUUCUUUGCCUUUUUUGUAUCUCUAGGCGUCUCCUUCCACGCCUCGCACAAGAAUGAGAGGGGUUAUCAUAUCGCGAUUCCGAUGCUGUUCGCCCUCGUGGGGAACAUUCUGGCUAUGUUUGUUCCCUCAACUGGCGGCCGCUACUUUUCCAUGUUUCUAAUGACGGGAGGGUCCUAUUCCCCAUACAAUCUCUGCGUGAGUUGGGUGAGCGCAUCGCUGCCUCGGCCCCGCUCAAAGCGAGCCGCAGCCCUGGCCAUUGUCAAUUUUAUGGGCGCGGGUGUGGCUCACUUUUACACGGCGUAUAUGUUCCCUGAUAGUCAGAAGCCCAGAUACUAUGCUGGUGGGGCUGUCAUGAGUGUUUCAUGCCUGCUUUGCGCCUCCCUGGCUUUGUAUAUCAAGCAAUACCUGAAGAAGCAGAACAAGAAGUUCGAGAGAGAGGAGCAGCAGGGAAUUAUAUGUGCACUAGGGAAACGCGCCGAGGAUGUGAACGGCCCCGACCUGAUCCAUACGUAUCGAAAAUCCGGGGACAAUGAGCAGCCAGAGACUCGAGGCUCAGGGUCCGGUGCGAGUAAUCUUGUCAGCCUGAGGGACGGAUUGCGGGUGAUGUUUUCUGGUGAGAUAACCGAUAGCGCUCUUUGCAGCGAUAAUGAGUGGUGUCGGCUUGGAGCUAAAGCCGACUGGCCCAGUACCAAGGCGCUAUGGCUUGCCAAGAGAGGAGACACUGGCAAUAUAGCCUAUACGAGAAUCUUCAGCAUCGCUGGAUGCCUGUGA